AUGGUCUAUGGCCUGGAGGCUUACGUGGAUGAGAAGUGCCAGGCUCUUGAAGAAGGUGCAAAAGGACUUGCAGACAUCCUGCUCACGCUCUCCUUCUGUGGGAAUCCCCAGCAUAGCCCCCAGACCAGGGUGAUGUGCACCCCACAGCUGCUCCCCACCUUCCCCCAGUGUGGGCUGAACCAACCCUGGGUGAUGGAAAUGGAGGAUGGAGGCGAGGUGGAAGCUACAACAGGAGAAAACACGGAUAGAGACACGGAGCAGAAGGGAGGAGAGCGGUGCCGGGGAAAAGUUGGGGGCAGCGGCUGCGGCGGGGGGGUGCCCGCCCUGUACUUCUCGGGCGGCCGGGAGCAGCUGGCGGCGCGGGCGGAGGCGCUGCCCGCAGUCCCGCGGCAGGAGUUCACCCUGGAGCUGUGGGUGAAGGCAGAGGGCGGACAGAACAACCCGGCCAUCAUCGCAGGUGUCUUCAACAACUGCUCGCACUCAGCCAGCGACAAGGGCUGGGCGCUGGGUAUCCGUGCCCUGCAGCUCAGCGGCAAGAAGGAUGCCCGCUUCUUCUUCUCCCUCCGCACGGACCGGGCAGCCACUGCCACUGAGGUGACCUCCCACCACCGCUACCGCCCCGGGGCAUGGACACACCUGGCCGCCAGCUACGACGGGCGGUGGAUGGCCCUCUACGUGGACGGGGUGCGGGUCGGCCGCUCCGGCGGGCAGGAGGGACCCCUGCACAGUGCCUUCAUGUCCUCCUGCCGCACGCUGCUGCUGGGAGGGGACGCCUGGGGGACCACCCACACCUUCCGGGGACACCUGGCCGGGCUGGCUCUGUGGCACGGUGCCCUGUCCCAGUCCCAGCUCCAGCGCUCCUUUCUAGAGGAGGUGGCUGGGGAGACGGCAGGGCUGGCCCUGGCUGCUGGCUUCGCCACCCCGGAGGAACGCUGGAUGCCUUUUCGGGAGGGUGCCUUCCCCCAGCAGUGGGUGCUGCUGUCCCCACCGCCGCCCGUCGUGCGGCCGCUGGGCCCCCCCGGCUGCGGGCAGACUGCCUGCGAUAACGUGGAGCUGGUGUCCCACUACAACCAGCACUGGCCGCUGCGGAGCUGGAAGGUGGUGCGGUACCGCGUGGUGAACCUGGCGGAGGAUGAUGGCGGCCGGCCCACGGUCAGCUGGGAGCAGGUUUGGCGGCAGCACCGCGCUCUGAGCGAAGCUUUCCGGCCCUACAACAUCUCCUGGCAGCUCAGCUUGCUGGAGGUGCACAACUCCUCCCUGCGCCGCCGCGCUGUGCUUCUGGGCUGCGAGCCCAGCAAGGUGGGGAACGAGCGCUGCGACCCCGAGUGCGAGCACCCGCUCACGGGAUACGAUGGCGGCGACUGCCGAAGGCCCGGCCGCUGCUUCUCCUGGAAGCGCCGCGACGGCGUCUGCCACAUGGAGUGCAACAACAUGCUGGACGACUUCGACGACGGCGACUGCUGCGACCCGCGGGCCACCGACGUGGCCAAGACCUGCUUCGACCCUGACUCGCCCCAGCGAGCGUACAUGAGUGUGAAGGAGCUGAAGGAGGCUCUGCAGCUGAACAGCACCCAUUUCCUCAAUGUUUACUUCGCCACUUCGGUGAGAGAAGAGUUGGCUGGUGCUGCCACUUGGCCAUGGGAUAAGGAGGCCCUUAGUCACCUGGGUGGAGUUGUCCUCAAUCCUGCUUACUACGGCAUGCAUGGCCACACCAACACUAUGAUCCAUGAAGUGGGACACGUCCUGGGGCUGUACCAUGUCUUUAAGGGAGUGAGCGAGCGGGAAUCUUGUGAUGAUCCCUGCAGGGAGACCACUCCAUCCAUGGAGACAGGAGACCUCUGUGCUGACACUGCCCCCACCCCAAAGAGUAAACUCUGUCGGGACCCAGACCCUACCAAUGACACCUGUGGGCAGACACAUUUCACGGGGACACCCUUCAACAACUACAUGAGUUACACAGACGAUGAGUGCACCAACAGCUUCACCCCCAACCAGGUGGCCCGGAUGCACUGCUACCUGGACCUGGUGUACCAGCGCUGGGGCCACAGCAAGAAGCCGGCGCCCAUCCCGAUCCCCCCCAUGAUCACGGGGCAGACACAGGACUCCCUCAGCAUCUUCUGGCUGCCUCCCAUCAGCGGUGCCAUCCACGAGAGGGAGCAGGACACGCUCUGUGACAGCUGUGCUGAGGAUGGCACCUUCCGUCAGUACGUGCACGAGGCCUCUUCCCCCCGCGUCUGCGAUUCCUCUGGCUACUGGACCCCAGAAGAAGCAGAAGGUCCUCCAGAUGUCGAUCAGCCCUGUGAGCCCAGUCUGCAGGCCUGGAGUCCGGAGCUGCACUUGUACGACAUGAACAUGACUGUGCCGUGCCCCCAGCCGGAUGGCUGCAUCCUGGAGCUGCGCUUCCUGCACCCCGUCUACCCCGACUCUCUCACCCUCUGGACCACAUACCUCUCCAUGGGCUCUCCCAAGGCCCUGUCUGACAUUGAAAUCCUGACAGAGCACGGGGAGUCCAUCCAUCUGGGCCCCCUGGACACCUUCUGUGAUGUCCCCUUCACUGUGAAGCUCAAUAUCCCUAAAAAGAUGUCUGGAGUUAGAAUCUACACCUUUGACGAGAGGAUGGAGAUCGACACGGCCCUGCUGACCUCCCGGCCCCGCAGCUCGCUGUGCUCGGCCUGCAGACGGAUCCAGUACCGGCUGCUCCGCGACCCCCCGUUUGCAGAGGGCUCCCCUGCCGCCCCCCUGCAGGCACAUCGCCGCUUCACCGACACGGAAGUCACGCCUGGGCAGGUGUACCGCUACCAGGUGCAGGUAGUCUCUCACACAACCUCAGGAGAAGCCUCCCCACCACUCGUCCAUAUGCAUGGAGCACCCUACUGUGGGGAUGGGAAGGUGACCACGAGCCUGGAGGAGGAAUGUGAUGAUGGGGACUUGCUGGAUGGAGAUGGUUGUUCCAGGAAGUGUAAAAAGGAAAAAGGCUUCAACUGUAUUGGGGAGCCAAGCCUGUGCUACAUUCAUGAAGAGGAUGGUGUGUGUGAGCCCUUUGAGAAGACAAGCAGCAUGCUGGACUGUGGUCCACACACUCCUGAGGGAUAUGUGGAUCUGUGGGCAGUGAAAGCCUAUGCCUCCCAACAGGAUGCAAAGUCCUGCCCUGCUUCCUUAGUCACUGGAGAGCCUGUUGUGAAGGCAUGUAAAUCCCACCUUCGUGAGGUGCCAAAGGACCUUUUGCAGGCUGCUUGGUUUCCCUGUGCUCCCAGCCAAGAGAAUGCUCAGGACCCAAAUGAGAAGAUGCUUUUGGGUGAUGAUGAGGGAGUUUGGCUCAAGGUUUGCUUUGAGAGACCUGCAGUGCCCACUUCUCUCCUGCUCUUCCUGGCCUCCUCUGGCACUGUCUCAAGCCAGCAGCACAAGGCAGUGGUCACCGUCCAGCUGACAGACACGGAUGGACAGAACUGCUCUCUGGUCCUCACUGCUGUCCCUUCUUCCCCCUUGCAGGACCUUCUGCCUCCUAAGCUGGUCUGCUGGAAUGUGGGGGGAGCAGAUGUAAACCAAAAGCAAAUCCCUGGAGCUGGACUAGUCACUUAUUUCUUUGCCUUGUCCACAGGGAUGUAUGAGCUGUCGUGUCAGCACAACCCCAUCAUCAUCAAUGUGACCCAUAGCCAGGAGGACCCAUCCCCCCGGGUUGCUUCAGUGCUUUUCAACUUCUCCUCUCCACUUGUGGGCAUUGCAGCUGUGGCCUUGAGGACCUUGGCUCAGCCUGGCUCCUCUAACCCCCUCACCACCUGCCUCCUGCAGCACGAGGAGGGAUGUGAUCAUCAGUGCUACAGCUGUGCCCACGGGGCCUGCGUGGGACCAGGAACCUGCACGCAGCCCCUGCUUCUUCACGCUGCCACCCUCAACUGCAGCUCUGACGGCCCAGGGCACAUGGCCUGUGCUGUUUCCUGUGAAAAGGGCUUCGUCCUCCGCUCCAGUGGUGGGAAGAGGCUGGGCUCCAUGGAGCAGGAGGUGGUGCUGACGUGCAGUUUGGGACAGUGGGACAGAUCUGUGACUUGUGACCCUGUUGACUGCCGUGUCCCUGACCAGUCCCACGUGUCCUAUGCCGAGUUCUCCUGCCCUGUGGGGACCACCUACCUGCAGAGAUGCUUCUUCUCCUGCAUCCCCCCAGCCAAGCUUCAAGGAGUAAACCAGUGGCUCACCUGCCUGGAGGAUGGUCUCUGGUCCCUGCCAGAAGCCUACUGCAAGUUGGAGUGUGACUCACCUCCCGCCGUGGCCAAUGCCAAGCUUCUGGUGCCUCGGUGCCUGCAGAGGAACCACGACGUGGGCUCAGUCUGUCGCUACAAGUGCAAGCCUGGAUACCACGUGGCUGAGAACGCAGCAGACAAGCCUAAGAAGAAGUUCUUGAAGGUCCAGUGCCUGGAGAGUGGGCAGUGGGAAGAGGGGCACUGUGUCCCCGUGGUUUGCAAGCCCCCGCCCCCUGUCUUCGAGGGCAUGUACAACUGCACCCAGGGCUUUGAGCUGGACAGCCAGUGUGUCCUCAACUGUGAGCAGCAGGGACAGCAGGUUCCCAUCGUCUGCACUAAGGAGGGCGUGUGGACAGAGGAGUUCAAACUGUGUGAGAGCUUGCAGGGCACCUGCCCGUCGCCCCCAGAGCUGAAUUUCGUGGAGUACAAGUGUGAGCAGGGGCAUGGCAUAGGUGCUGUGUGCAUUCCUUCCUGUAUCAUUCCUCCCAGUGAUCCUGUCAUACUGCCCAGAAAUGUCACUGCUGAGACAAUGGAUCACCGGCUGCAGCCCACCAGAGUCCAGAGCAUUGUGUGCACGGGCAGGCUGCGGUGGUAUCCGGACCCCUCUGUCAUUCACUGCAUCCAGUCAUGCGAGCCCUUCCAAGCAGAUGGCUGGUGUGACACCAUCAACAACCGGGCAUACUGCCAGUAUGAUGGCGGGGACUGCUGCUCCUCCACACUGUCCUCCAGGAAGGUGAUCCCGUUCGCUGCCGACUGUGACCAGGACGAGUGCACGUGCCGCGACCCGGCGGCCGAGGAGAACCGGAGGCAGAAGCAGUAGCGGCGGCGCGAGGGCCCGUCUCGGUCAGGCAGCGCCAGGGGAGCCGGGGGCA